UCGUCCUCGACAGUUUCAUUUCUUCUCUCGUACAAGCAUAUGUUCUUCGUUUCUUUCAAAAUAAGACGUCAAAACAAAAUAUAGUGAUAAAUUACGCUUUAUUGAAACUAGCGAGAUAAUUAAAAUCCGCGUAAUCAUUUACGUUAUCAGUGUUAAAAUAAAAUCAGAUCAAUAUUUCGAAAUUUUGUUAAGAAACUCAAAAGAAAGAUAAUUCGACUUUAUAAUAUGUGUAUAAUUUGCACUUAAUAUCUUUUUCAAUUAAUAACAUUAGUAUAAAAGCCUGGAUAUAUAUCAUUUUAAUAUAAAAUUUUUAAAUGAUUAAAAAUUCGAAAUCUAAAGGAGAAAUAAUGAAUUAACAAGCUUAACUGAUUUAAUAAUCUAAACACUCUGAGAUAAAUCUUUAUGUAAAAUAAUGUUUAAAAAAAAUUUGGCGUUUUUGUGUUACGGGUUUUUUAUCCUUACAAUUUCAUCGAAAUCUCAGCAAUAUUACACCAGCAACAAUGAAGAAAAAGAUCAUAAUUUGACAGUACAAUACAAUAUAGAAACGGAUUCUACAACAAUUUAUAAUGAUGAGAUAAAAACACUGCAAUAUAAUUUGUAUGAAAAAUUUAUCAACAGACCGCGAUAUGGAAUACACGAUGAAUUACGCAUUAUUUUAACGAAUAAUGAUCUUAAGGAUGUUGAUUCGAUAUUAUAUAAACUAAGCAGGCGUUCUGUUCACAAUCAUGAGGAUGAUAACAAAGUACCGAUGAACUCUCACACCAAUUGGACAAAUGUCAAUCAUAAAAAAACUUUACGUCAGAGGAUGUUUAUGAAAACAUUUUUGAAAAGAGUGAUUUCAUGUCAAAUAAAGUCUUUGAAGAUUUUAAUAAAUACAAUAAUGAAAGUAACGUCAUCCCAUACGAAAUGUGCCAUAAUAAUACUUGCAUUUUGCUCUGUUGUCCUCUUGGUUAUAGCAUGAGAUUGAAUGACAACAAAUGCAUUCCCCAAGAAAUUAAAUACGUUUUUCCGAAUGUAUACGAAUACAUAAACAAUUCAAUACAAAACAAAAAUAAAAGAGUGGACGAAUUUUUUCAAUUAGCCGUCCACGAUUCGUGUCUAGAAACACUACGUGUUAUGGUAGACGAGGGUCAUGAGCAUGAUUAUAAGAUUUUUACCAAUGGUUCUAUUUAUUUAUCUUAUUAUAAAACAUUAUUUAAAUCGACAUCAUAUUGUCUCGGCGUCUUCUUGGAACGGGGAAAUAAGUUUGAAGUGUCUUUCUGUUCAGAAAUUUUAGAUGAAGUCAUCAAGAACGCGAUGGACACACCUGAGGUCCGCUCAGUAUUCCGAGCAUUUAAGAUAUAUGCAGGCUCGCAGAUAGUGUGCAUAUUAUUUUUGUUUGCAAUAUUUCUAGUGUAUUCCAUAUUGCCAGAACUCCGACAUGUACACGGCUUUUUGUUGCGCAAUUACAGCGCAGUUGCAACUAUCGCAACUAUAGUUAACAUUGCGAAAGUUAUGCAUUUCAAAACGGAAAUACCGUAUCCCGUCUGCAUUACACUUGCCUUCUUGGAAUAUUUCUUUUUAAUGUCGGGUUUCUUCUGGCUAAGUGCCAUGAGCUUUAAUAUAUGGUGGACAUUCAGAAGCUUCUGUUCAUUACAAGAAAACAUCAGACAAUCAGAGAAAAAGAAGUUGAUGUAUUAUGUGAUUUUUGCGUACGGUGGUCCGUUUAUACUUGCUAUUGUUUGUGUGAUCGUCAUAGAUUUCGUUUCCGAGUAUUUACCAAUAAAUUUGAGACCAGAAUUUAAAUUAGGAAAUUGCUGGUAUUUUGGUGAACGUAAGGAAGCGUUUGUGUUGUAUUUUUAUGGGAUGAAAAGUGUCUGUAUCAUUAGUACCAUUUGUUUAUUUAUCUCUACGGUACUGAAGGUCAGACGUUACGAAAAGGAUACAGGCUUUUGUCUAACAGAUUCGAAAAGCGAGCGGUAUAAUGACUAUAAGAAAUGGUUUAAUUUAUAUAUGAAGUUAUUUAUCGUGAUGUUUAUCGCGAUGGGCAUAAAUUGGAUUGUGCUUACAAUGUCAUGGUUGUUUGAAAAAUUAAUAACCUAUUACUUAUUUUAUGUUACUGCUUUGUUAGACGUUGUGCAGAGUUUUUGUAUCUUUAUUAUAUUUGUAUGGAAUAAGAAAAUCAAAUUGAUGUUACUGAAACGAUUCGGAUUCAAAACAAAUGUAAGCAACAUCGAGCACUUGACUAUCACGUCAGAGGUGUCUAUGCAGGAAAAGAGGAGUUCUUCCGCACAAGAAAACUAUUACACGAAAGAUUUGUCCGUUGGGAUUAAACUCUAAUGUUGCAAUGUGUAAAGAAAUAUUGCAAAUCAGGAACCAACGAUUAAUCACAAUUUGAUAUAAUUUUAUAAUUUUCUAAUAAAAAAUAACUUUAAAGUAUUAGAUAUUGAUGGUUACGCUUCUUCAAAUAAUUUAAUUUAAAAUUUUACAUAUAAAAUUUAUCUUAUAGACACAUAGAGAGUUGUAUUUCAAUAUGAUUUCAUAAUUAGUUAGAUAAAGAUGAGAUAAAAAUAUGUACAUUUAUUUUAGAUA